AUGGCUUCCACUUCCAAGCUCUUCUUCCUCAUAGCUCUAUUGGCCGUGUCCAUUCCAUACAUGGCCAGCAGCUCUCGUCCUUUGAUGAACAACCCGCAAAUAGGCUCGAACCCCCGGAACCUUGCAAGCAGGUUGAAUCUCGAUGAAGAAUCAUCAAACUGUUGGGACGCUUUGCUUCAAAUCCAUGCGUGCAGCGGUGAGGUUAUCUUGUUUUUCUUCAAUGGUGAGGUUUACUUGGGGCAUAGCUGCUGUGAAGCCAUUCGGACGAUAGAGCAUCAGUGUUGGCCUGCCUUGCUUGGCACGCUGGGGUUUACCACACAAGAGACUGAUGUACUCAAAGGUUACUGCGAUAAAGAAGCUCAAAUUCAUUCUCCUCCGCCUCCACCAUCCCGGGCCACUCUUCAUUCUCCUCCGCCUCCACUGUCCCCGGCCACCCUCAGUUGA